UCCAGGAGCGCUGGGACACCGCUCUUAGGCACUGGGUGGGAGCGUUGGGUGUCUGUGCAGGGCCAGGAGCUGGCCCGGGUGGUCCCUGUGGGCCCUGAAGCACGGGACAUCCAUUCUGUGAUUAUUUGUUUAGAGCCCCCUUCAGCUGCUCUCAGCAUCCUCAACAGGAUCCACGGAAAUGGGGAACACGAGCAGCGAGCGUGCGGGGCUGGAGCGCCAUGGGCACAAAGGCACCCGAGGGGACAGCUCAGGAGGAGCCACCAAGGAGGGGGACAGACCCAAAAUCCUCAUGGACAGCCCUGAAGAUGCAGACUUGUUCCAUCCAGAGGAAAUGAAGGCUCCAUUGGAGAAAGAGGAAUUUCUAGCUUGGCAGCAGGACCUGGAGGUGAAUGACAAAACCCCCACUCAAGCUCGGCCUACGGUGUUCCGCUGGACUGGAGGGGGGAAGGAGGUUUAUUUGUCAGGGUCCUUCAACAACUGGAGUAAAAUUCCUCUGACAAGGAGUCACAAUAACUUUGUGGCAAUCCUGGACCUGCCAGAAGGAGAGCACCAGUACAAGUUCCUCGUGGAUGGGCAGUGGACACACGAUCCUGCAGAGCCAGUAGUAACCAGCCAGCUGGGUACUGUCAACAACAUCAUCCAGGUGAAGAAAACUGACUUUGAAGUGUUUGAUGCUUUGAUGGUGGACUCCCAAAAAUGUUCAGACAUGUCUGAGCUGUCCAGUUCACCCCCAGGACCUUACCACCAGGAGCCCUAUGUCUGCAAGGCAGAGGAGCGCUUUAAAUCCCCCCCCAUUCUCCCCCCACACCUGUUGCAGGUCAUCCUGAACAAGGACACAGGCAUUUCUUGUGACCCUGCUCUGCUCCCUGAGCCCAACCACGUCAUGCUGAACCACCUGUAUGCACUUUCCAUCAAGGUGAGAGCCAGGGCAUGUCGUGCCCAGGGGCAGCCUGGGUGUCUGGCCAUGGCACUUGCUCACUUGUUUUCCCUCCCCUGUAGGAUGGAGUGAUGGUGCUCAGUGCUACACACCGUUACAAGAAGAAAUACGUGACCACUUUGCUGUACAAGCCAAUAUGAGCAUCACAGUCAUUUGUGACCAAUUGUUCUGGGCCAGUGCAGUCUCAGAAGAAAAUGCUUCACAUAACCAAAUGUACUUCUGCUCUGAGCUGUAGCAAACAAACUCUGAUUUCAUAUUUUUCCUGAGACUUCCAGGUUCUCCUGUAUUUGCCUUAUUUUGUUAGCCCCACCGUGGAAGUUCUUGGAAAUGGCAGCUUCACAGCACCCAGACAGGUGGCCAAGGUGUCAGUGCCCCUUGUCAGCUGAGUUAAAAAACCACCAAUUUAAUUAGGCUGAAUAAUGUCAGGGCAGCAAGAGAUCAAAGAGCUUUAGCAGCAAGGCAGACUGGGAGUCUGCCAGCCCAAAGUCUGGAAAGUUCAGGAUUCUUGGGGAAUCUGAUUUGAGCAUAACACUCAGCAAAAGCAGGCUCAUUACUGCUUCCAUUGCUCAUCAAACACUAUUUCAGUAGCAAGUUCCAAACUUGCCUGGCUGAAGUAAGUGUGAAUAUUGAUGAUCAUUUUGUAGCAGCCUUUUCUGGGCAAAAUCAGCAACAUAAUCAUCACUACAAGCUCAUUAUUAUUUUACGGUAGAGUGGGGUGCACUGUUUCUACUGUGAAUAGCUCUGUAGUUUUUUCUCUUCAUGAGAACUGAAAUACAUCUUUUCCCCUGUGGAAUUUCUGGUAAAGACAACUGUUUUUAAUGGCUGGAUUUAUCAUAACUGUGUCUUGCAGUAAUCUGCUUUUGGAAAACUGGUUUCUCUUGCUGUCACUAAUGAGGACUUCCUUAAGCUGAGAGAGGAAGGAGAUGGAUGGAUUCAGUUUAGGGAUGAGCUCCUCAGUAACAGCCUGAGAGUGACUGUAAGUCUCCUGUGUCCAGUGGCCAAACUCACCCCUCAGUGUCAGCAGAGUGCUGGAUGCAGCACCCUCUGUGCCCAGGGCUGGAGCCGGGCAACUUUUUAUUCUGUUUCUGUUUUCUAAGUGAUUCUAGUAAUGCCAGGCUGCCUGUCCUUGGUGCUGACAGCCUGUUUUAUCCCAAAACAAAUGCAACAUUAAUGCAAACCUGCUGCCAGCGUGCUUGUUGUGGUGCCUGGGGCACCGUGCCCGUGCCAAUGACAAGCAGCCCCUCCCAGCGUGGGGGAAGCACUUUGCACAAGUCUGUGAGGACUCAGAGUGGGGACAGAGCUGCAGCAGCCAGCGUGGGGUGAGCCACAGUGGGAGGGUGCCUUGCCAGCCUGGGGUCUGUUCACCAGCCUUGUUGCAAUAUCUUCAGUAGCUGAGUAGAUCUGGGUCUAGUGCAAUGGUUUUCUCUGAAAACUCUUUCUUCAUUCUGUGCUAUGGAUAGUAUUUAGUAUUCUGAACUACAGAAUUGCUUGUUUUCAACCUCUUUAGAAACAAAUAAAACAUUUUC